CAUCUCUGCUGAAGCCAAAUAUCCUUUCUUCGACAUAUUUAAAAAACCAACCUUUUCGUGUCCUCAAUAUAUCAAAAAUGGGACUUCUCAGUCUCCAACUCAGCUCGCACUCUUUAUGCUCCUUAUCACUUUCCCAAAACUUAAAAUGCACCACAAAGCUUAACAAAUCCCUAAACGCCUUCAACUCUAAGCGUCCCAGCUCUGUCAGAACCACAAUUAGAGCUGUUGGCACUGUCCCAGGGAGGGAAUCUCAGGACACUGAACCAGCAGAACCACCCUCUAUUGGAUUUGCAUUUGUCAGUUCUGUUUUGCUUCCAGAUGGAACCCCAGAUGUGCAAUAUCGAACGGCUUGUGGUGGCCAGAAGCUCAGGAAUAUAAUGAUGGAUGCCAACAUUGAUCUGUACGGACCAUAUGCUAGACCUCUCUUGAAUUGUUCAGGAGGUGGAACUUGUGCAACAUGUAUGGUAGAGAUUAUUGAAGGGAAGGAGCUUCUAAGCCCUCGCACUGAUAAAGAGAAUGAAAAACUUAAGAGGAAACCAAAGAAUUGGAGAUUAGCAUGUCAAACUACAGUUGGUCAAGCAGACUCGACAGGGAUGCUUGUGGUUCAACAAUUACCAGAAUGGAAAGGGCAUGAAUGGAAAUAUGAAAAGCUAUCUCUUGAAGAGGCUGAAAAGUUAUUGUCUUCAUAUGAGGCUCAGUAGCAUAAAACAAUUAAGAAAAAUAUUUGAAACGUGUAAGAAAGAGUGGUAGUAUUCUGUUUGAAGGCGCUUCAAUCAAGAAAGAUCAUGAAAUUAUAAAACAAAAGAAUCAGAGGCUUGACAGUUGACACAAUAUUAAGUAGUCCCUCAUCCAUUUGAACUUUGGCUCAAUUAGGGGUAUGGUCGACAAUUCACAUCUGUACUGUCUACCAAUAUUUCUAUAUAGAAUUUUUGAGUUUUCAAGCA